AUGAUGAGACUUCCGAGCAUCGCAGGUGCAGUACUUCUACUGCUACUGAGGGCGGUUCCAAUCGUGUACGCGCAGUCAGCAUCGUCUUGUACCGCAGUUCCUGCCGUUGCCUCAUGCGUAUCCUCAAUCACAUCACUCAUCAGCCGCACAGCAUCCGUGUCAAAAUUUUGUUCUUCGGUCUUGGAAUGCCCUUUGCCGACAACCACGACUUUGGUCGGCACCAUCUCAACGACGACAACCAAAACGCAGACGUCUACGUACACUCUUGAAGAAAUAGGCACUGAAACAACUACGACAUCCACGUUCUCCUACACAGAGUCAACCUAUAGUUACAUAGCAACUGAGACCGUGAGGCCAACAUGGACAGUCGAGCGAUUCGAAGUCACAACGGCAAAGCCGAAGCAACGGCGAGAGGCCAUGAAUCACCUUGAAGUCAGGGCAGUUACUUCGUUGUGCUCGUUAGCAGUUCAGAAGAGCGCAUGCUCGUGUCUAUACACAUGUCCAGGGCCAGUCACCAAGGAUAGUCGCAAAACCAUCAAGAGUAUUGAGACUGAGAUCUCAUGGGUCGUAGGUUCCUUAUGCCGGCAAUCCUCCCUGAGGCCUGUUGACAAGAUCAGCGUUGACGAGAGUCUAAUCACUAGGUAA